AUGGACGGAAAAGUCAUUGUCCUCACGGGCGCCGCCUCCGGCAUCUCGCUCGCGACGGCCAAGCUACUGGCCAGCAGAGGGGCGCGGCUUUCAUUGGCUGAUAUCAAUGGUCGACAGCUAGAAGCUGUUGCAGCAUCGCUUGAGAGCUCUGGAGCCCAGGUCAUCCACACUGUUGUCGAUGUGACGGAUCGAUCACAAGUGAGGCUCCUCAUAGAAAAGACUGUCAGCCACUUUGGAAAACUGGAUGGAGCCGCGAAUCUUGCCGGGGUUAUUGGUCGUCACGCAGUAACUCUUGAACUCCGAGACGAGACGGACGACGAGUGGGACUUUAUUAUGAAUACGAACGUCAAAGGGGUCUUUAACUGCAUGCGCGAAGAGCUCCGGGUCAUGGAACCAGGGGCGUCGAUUGUCAACGCGGCCAGUGUCCUCGCUGUGCUGGGUCAGGCGAAGAACAGCAUAUACACGGCGAGCAAGCACGCAGUGGCUGGCUUGAUCCGAGCUGCAGCCAAGGAAGAAGGCAAGAACAACAUCCGAAUCAAUGGUGUGGCUCCAGGCUUCAUUGACACGCCCAUGGUGGACGCAGUGGAGGCGGCACAAAAAGUGUCUGAAGCAGAUAUGAGCGCACAAGCCUUGCAGAGAAAGGGCAAACCUGAUGAAAUUGCUGCAAUCGUGGCAUUUCUACUGAGUGACGAGAGUACGUUUGUUACGGGAGCAAUCUGGAGCGCUGAUGGUGGCUGGAACUGUUGA